GCGGGGGCGGGACCUGGGGGGUGGACGGCAGGUGGUCCCCGGGCGCCGCCCGGGAUUUGGGAGAGCCCGCCACCUUGGCCUCAGCCAUGCUCUCGAGAAGAUAAGUCGCACUCCCCCAUCCCGAACGGGGCGCACGCUCAGGGAGGCUCCCUGGGGGAUGUAGGACUCGGGCGCAGGGCUGAGCGCGUUGGGGUCCCGGGCAUCGACCAGGUCUGACCGCAGAGCCGGAGCAGCUGCUGUCCUGCAGUACACCCCUUUUCCCUCUGCCAUCAUGGUUCUCCUUGGCAGCAGCACUAGCAGCCGCCUGAGGGUGAAAAUGUGGGUGAUGGGGAAGUUGGUAAUGACUCCGCUGUUUUUUCUCAUGGCUCCUUUGGGCAACAGCUGUCCGCCCCCGGUGUACACUGUAGUUGAUUGCAGGGAAACUCUGUACCUCUCCCCUUCUUUCUCUACUGAUUUUGCACUUUUCUCUUUGCUCACCACCAAGUGUAAUCAAUAACAAGCACUGACGAUACAUAGCAAUAGUGAAAUCUGAAAUAACUAAGAACUAAUUAGGUACUACAGCCAUGGAUCUGGCUGGGUAAAAUCCAAUUGGAUAUUUCAGUUUCAUUCACCUACCCUGUUUUGGUGUUUUGUUUUUGUUUUUUUUUUGUUUUGUUUUUUUGGUAUUUGAAAAACAAGGAUCACACUUUCUCCCUCCCCAUUCCUUUUCUUAAUCCCUUUUCUAAAGGGGGAAAAUUCGAAUGGGUUUCAAGGAUUGGACUGGUGUCAGCUGUGUUUUACUGCACACCUAAAUCCUGAUAAUAGGCUUUUCAUUUCCCCUUAAAGCCUUUAUUUUAGCAGUGAAGCCAAAUGUGUUUUCCAGAAAGUUAGUUCAAAUACUUUCUCCUCUUUCUUUCCUUAUUCCCCUUCCUUUUUCCCAUCAAUCCCCAAACAUUAUUGUCCAGACAUGACUGGACAGCAGCUUUUGUUUCUUGACCCUGUAAUAUGACAGUCUGCUAAUAUUGCCAGAAGGUGCAGUUUUGGGGUUACAGUCGUGAUUUUAGCUAUUCAAUCAUAUUAGCAGGAAAAAAAAUGACUUGUUUCUGUUGUACUUGAGUCUUAAGAAAAAGUGCCCAUAGUUUAGUGACAAUUUCCAAAGGCUUUAGUACCACCUGUAUUUCAAAAUGGGGGACCCAAACUCCCGGAAGAAACAAGCGCUGAACAGACUUCGUGCUCAGCUUAGAAAGAAAAAAGAAUCUCUAGCUGACCAGUUUGACUUCAAGAUGUAUAUUGCCUUUGUGUUCAAGGAGAAGAAGAAAAAAUCAGCACUUUUUGAAGUGUCUGAGGUUAUACCAGUCAUGACAAAUAAUUAUGAAGAAAAUAUCCUGAAAGGUGUGCGAGAUUCCAGCUAUUCCUUGGAAAGUUCCAUAGAGCUUUUACAAAAGGAUGUGGUACAGCUUCAUGCUCCUCGUUACCAGUCUAUGAGAAGGGAUGUAAUUGGCUGUACUCAGGAGAUGGAUUUCAUUCUUUGGCCUCGGAAUGAUAUUGAGAAAAUUGUCUGUCUCCUGUUUUCCAGAUGGAAGGAAUCUGAUGAGCCUUUUAGGCCUGUUCAGGCCAAAUUUGAGUUUCAUCACGGUGACUAUGAGAAACAGUUUCUGCAUGUACUGAGCCGCAAGGACAAGACUGGAAUUGUUGUCAACAAUCCCAACCAGUCAAUGUUUCUCUUCAUUGACAGACAGCACUUGCAGACUCCAAAAAACAAAGCUACAAUCUUCAAGUUAUGCAGCAUCUGCCUCUACCUGCCACAGGAACAGCUCACCCAUUGGGCAGUUGGCACCAUAGAGGAUCACCUCCGUCCUUACAUGCCAGAAUAAAGGGCCGACCAGCAAAAUGAAGAAGAUCAGAGAAUGCAGCAGCAAUUGUUUUUCUUGUUUUCUUACCACUUUAUUUUUUCAGAGUUUGAAGAAAAUGGACUCAUGCACAGAACACUAUGCAUUUUGAAACUCGUUCAUCCUGGAUUUUUUUUUUU